CAUAAAGGUAUAUACCCCAUAAUUCUCUUUCUAUAACAACUACAAAAAACUGAAUCAAGCUGCUGCAACAAUGCCACUAAACCCAUAUUAUUCACAUCAUACACAACACAGGUUUUUGUGCUGCUAUCAUGGGAGAGAUGAUUCAAGCUCUAGGGUUGACUUUGGUAGUAGGGUGUUUGGUUCUGUUAAACCUAGAAGAGGUGACAUCACAUGGAGAUCAUCCUUUUGCAAAAAUUGGCAUACAUCAAGUCACAUUUGCUCUAAGUGAUGCUGCUUAUGUGAAAGCUUCUCCUGCAAUCUUAGGAUCAAAAGACCAAAAUUCUGAAUGGGUGACUGUGUAUAUAAGUAAUCUGAACCCCUCAAUUGAUGAUUGGAUUGGAGUAUUCUCCCCUGCCAAUUUCAGCGAUUCUACCUGCCUUCCGGAAAAUUCAAGAUUUAGCCCUCCGUAUCUGUGCUCUGCACCUAUUAAGUAUCAAUAUGCAAAUUACACGAAUCCUAAUUACAAGGUUACAGGAGAAGCAUCAUUAAAGCUUCAAUUGAUCAACCAAAGAUCCGACUUCGCCUUUGCAUUAUUCACAGGAGGAUUAUCAACUCCAACUCUGGUGGCAGUUUCAAAUACAGUUGCUUUCGAGAACCCAAAUGCACCAGUUUACCCUAGGUUAGCUCAAGGAAAGAUGUGGGAUGAAAUGACUGUAACAUGGACAAGUGGAUAUGGAAUCAAUGAAGCGGAACCUUUUGUCGAAUGGGGUAAGAUAGGUGGUGACCAGAGGCGUUCUUCCGCCGGAACUUUGACUUUUGACCGACGUAGCAUGUGUGGUUCACCAGCAAGAACCGUGGGUUGGCGUGAUCCUGGUUAUAUUCAUACUAGCUUCUUGAAAGACUUAUGGCCAAAUCAAGUGUAUACCUACAAGCUAGGACACAAAUUGUUGAAUGGUACAAUCAUCUGGAGCCGGAUGUACCAGUUUAAAUCAUCUCCGUAUCCAGGCCAAGACUCUCUACAACGUGUUAUAAUUUUCGGUGAUAUGGGAAAGGAUGAGGCGGAUGGCUCUAACGAAUAUAAUAAUUUCCAACCCGGGUCCCUCAACACUACAAAACAACUCAUUGAUGACAUGGAAAACAUCGAUAUCGUUUUCCAUAUUGGAGAUAUUUGUUAUGCAAAUGGUUAUCUUUCACAAUGGGAUCAGUUUACUUCUCAGAUAGAACCAAUUGCCUCAGUUGUACCUUAUAUGAUUGCUAGCGGUAAUCAUGAACGUGACUGGCCCAACUCAGGAUCUUUUUACGAGAACAACGAUUCGGGAGGAGAAUGCGGUGUUGUUGCUCAAACUAUGUUUCAAGUUCCAACGGUUAAUAAAGAUAAAUUCUGGUAUUCUACGGACUACGGCAUGUUUAGGUUCUGCAUUGCUGACUCCGAGCAUGACUGGAGAGAAGGAACCGAGCAGUACAAUUUCAUCGAGCAAUGUUUCGCAUCGGUGGAUAGACAAAAGCAGCCUUGGCUAAUAUUCAUUGCACAUCGCGUAUUGGGAUAUUCUUCUUCUUUAUUUUACGUGGUUGAAGGUUCGUUUGGAGAACCAAUGGGCAGAGAUAGCCUUCAAAAGCUUUGGCAAAAAUAUAAAGUCGAUAUAGCCGUUUAUGGUCAUGCACACAAUUAUGAACGGACGUGUCCGCUUUAUGAGAAUAUAUGCAUGAAUGAUGAGAAGAACCAUUACAAAGGCAGUUUGAAUGGUACAAUACAUGUGGUGGCUGGUGGAGGUGGGGCGGACCUCACCCCGUUUGCACCGUUUCAAACUACUUGGAGCAUCUUUAGAGACUACGAUUAUGGGUUCUUAAAACUUACUGCGUUUGAUCAUUCUACGCUCUUGUUCGAGUACCAAAAGAGCAGAGACGGGAAAGUUUAUGAUUCUUUCACGAUUUCCCGGGAUUAUAGAGACAUUUUAGCGUGUACAGUCGAUAGUUGCUCGAGUACAACCCUUGCAUCUUGAAGAUUACAGUGGUUUGUGAAGUGGCUAUGUAACGUAAUAGUUUGUAGAAUCCAUAGUUUAAUGUGAUCAUGGUUAAUAGAUGGGAGCCUGUGACCUUUAGUUAAGUGUUGUAUGUUACUAGUCUUUGCCCCGCCCGCGUUGCGGGGCACUAAGUCAAAUAUUUCUCUCCCAUAACAUGUACGUUUGUGUU